AUGGGCGUGGGUCAUUUUUUUCGUUACAUCGCAGAACGCUAUCCGCUCAUUUGUCAACAAAUAUCAAGAUCAUUUUCGGACAACGAAGCCGCAUUAUCUGAAUUUUACUCUGAUUCUACACUCCCCUUUGAUGCCCUUUACCUUGACAUGAAUGGCAUAGUCCACAUUUGUGCCUAUUCGAAUAAGGAAUUCAGCCGUGACAUAUCUUCGCUAGGCGACAUAUGGUUAUCUAUAUUCCAAUAUAUAACAAAGAUAGUUAAUUUGGCUAAGCCUAAAAAACUGUUAUAUUUGGCGGUGGAUGGAGUGGCCCCCAAGGCCAAGAUGAAUCAGCAGCGCACUCGGCGCUUUAGAAGCGUUGCGGAAUCAGAACAGAGAGCUAAUUUGAAUGAAGAAUGCGCGAAAUACUUUGCUAACGGCUACGACGACCCAGUUAGGGGCAAGGAUGGUUUUGUGUUCGAUCCUACAUGCAUAACCCCUGGCACGAAAUUUAUGCAUGAAUUUACCACUCAAAUAGAGAAAUAUGUCGCAAAAAUGAUCAAGGCAGAUACUUAUUGGUCUAAAUUAAAGGUGAUAGUGUCUGGAGCCAAUGUGCCAGGUGAAGGAGAGCACAAAAUAGCCGAAUACAUCCGCAACACUAAGGGCCAAUCGAUCAAAUCACACUGCAUAUAUGGAUUAGAUGCAGACCUGAUUAUGCUAUCUUUACUUUUUCAUGAACCACACAUUUGUCUACUUCGUGAAUCUAUAAUUUUCACCAAUAUGAUGAAAAAUAAUAUAACAUAUCGGUUAUUACCUAAGGAUGACAAUUUUGUGCUGCUGCACAUACGGGUGCUACGCGAAUAUUUGGCUCGUGAAUUAUUACCCGUGCACAUGCUGAAAGAGCCCUUUAUAUCAAGGGCUAUCGAUGAUUUUAUCCUCAUCUGCUUGCUUGUGGGCAAUGAUUUCCUUCCUCACUUAAAGUUUGUACAGAUCCCUAACAGAGGAUUAACGAUUCUGAUGAAAUUAUACCGAGAACAUGUGGGAAAAAACCAAAAAAACCCUUGGCUCACGAUUGAUUGUGGUGAAAUAGACCUCCGCAACUUUUGCAACUUCUUGGACAAAUACUGCAGGGUAGAGACAAAACAAAUACUAGAAAAACUAAGAGAUCCCAAUGAGCACAAACCAACCUUGAUAGACACAGCCCGGCAUAAAAUUGAAAAGGAUUAUACGACAUAUUCGCGAAUGUUUCCCAAACCCGCAACCACUCCUGACCAGUGGGCUAGCAGGUACUAUUAUGCCAAAAUGGGCCUCACAGAUGAGCAAUCUAGGGAGGAAAUAGUCAAACAAUAUUUGAUUGGGAUACAGUGGGUCUUGUAUUACUACUACAGAUGCGUACCCGACUGGAAUUGGUACCUCCCGUGCCCCUACCCACCCCUGGCCCAGGACAUGUCAAAGAUACUCAAACGUACUAUCCAGAAAACCGAAUGCAAGAGACUAUCUAAGGCACUUGGUAUCAAGUUUGAAUUGGGACAUCCCUGUACGCCCUUUGAGCAGCUCCUGUCGGUCCUCCCGCCAAAGUCAAGCUACUUGCUACCAAAACAGCUGGAAGCACUGAUUACAGAUCCAAAGUCUGGACUUGAAAGUUACUUCCCAACGCAAUUCGACGUGGAUAUGGACGAUACUUUGGUGCCUUGGGGAGGGGUUACACUCCUGCCCACUAUCGAUCCAACCUUGAUAAGGCAAAUUAUUCACAAUUCAUUGCAAUGUCAUCCUCUCGACAAAGCGGAUGAACAGCGCAAUGAAUUUGGCCAGGCCCAUCUAAUUUUUCAGUGCAAUAGCGGCAAAGUUAUCAAGCGUAAAUUUCGAAAUCCUGGGAUAAAUGGCCACUUUGACAACACUAUGCGCUAUGUGGAAUCAAGUCCUGUGAACAGUUUUUGGUUCCCUAGCAUCGCCCAGCUUAGACACCAGUUCCAGUUUAGCAAGGGCGUCAACGUAUUUUCGAGGCCCUCUCAACAUGAGAGCAUGUACAUUUACCCCCAGCCAAUCAUCCGUGGCAAAAUAUCCCAGCACGCCCUCGUUGGCUACCCCUAUCCCUCAUUGGUUCAGGUUUACAAAAUAUUCACUCCCAGCGUUACAUUCAACCUUAGCCACCGCAAAUUCACACAAACUGACCCAGAUCACUAUGAGAAGGUUGCCGAACAGUUGCGAUUCCAAUACCACGUUCAAGGUAUUUGCCUUCAGUCCACUCCUUCCACAGGCGCCAUCGACUUUUUGGCCUCCUUGUUCAGUGUGGAUCUUGAUAUAUUCAGGACCAACCAAGAUUGUCCCGACGCUAUAGAAAAUACUUUUAUCUCUUUCCGCCGGAUAGACAGAAACCUAGGCCCCUACGGGGGCGUUGAAUACCACAAUAUUUCCUUUGCCAGAUUUGUGGCCAAGCAAAAAUCAUCACAGCCGAGUUUAAGCAAUUUGGAUGGAUGCAAAGUCGUACUGAUAAGAGACGGUCCACUUUUUGGAAGCGUAGGGAAGCUGUCGAUCAGCGAGCAGGGCGCCAUAGCGACAUUUUUUUCCGGCGGCUCCAAUAGAGCCGAUAAGGACGCGUUUUCUGACGCGAGGGACAGGCACCAUUGGCUGCAGGCAAUGGCUCUGAAAAUUUUGAUUUCUUCUAAGAAUUCUAAGUGGUACGGAUUCGAAACUUUGUGUGCUAAGGCGGGGAUUACAUCGCAUGUAGGCGAGCUAAUCUUGGGCAGCCUUGAAAUAAACCUCAAUGGGAUCCGGCAUGACAUAGGAAUGGGCUUGUGUACUUGGAAUAAAUCGCACUCAAAUGAAGGAAUUACCGGGAUUUUAUGUUUGCCGGGCUAUGCCAAUUCUGCCAGCAAAUACAGCGAAUCAAGCUCCGACAGGCCGUGCUGUUAUAGCUGCAUAUACUCCCACGACGCCUUUAAAGCGCUCAAAGAAUACAAAAGAUUGUUCCCUCAACUGUUUGAUUACAUCUCUCGUAACGAAUCGUCUAGAAUUAAUGCUGCCAACGUGUUCCAAUACGUUACCAAUUCAUUGGACCCUGAAGCGCACAUGGGGAGGGAUCACGCAAUACAUUUGGGAAAGAAUAUCGUGGCCUGGUGCGAAGAACAGCCUUUCAAGAUAUUAAAGUUCGUAUCCGGCGGGUAUUCUGCACUUCCAAGCGCCACUAUUGCUGAAAUAGCAAGGCUUCACGAUUCGUUCAUUCGCGAGCACCAACCCACGCCCAGCACAUACAGCACUAGCGAUCUGGACUCAGUCUAUUCGGCCGAAUUUGAUAAAUACCCUUCGCUGAAAUCACCCAAUACAGUAUCAAGGUUACAACGCCGCCUUCCGUGCAUUGGCCAGUACGUCGUCAACCUCUACCAGGGAGGGCCCGUACCCGUUGGGGCCAGGGCAAUCGUUACCGGGAUAUUCCCCGAAAAGGAAUCAACUCUACUCGAGAUAUGCCUUGUUGAUACAUUUUUUGGCGCUUCCACAUGCCAUGGGCGUACACCCAAGUUGCGGGGUCUUACAACCACUCCAGAUCAUGUACUUUCCCUACAGCCAUUUGUGACUUGGGAUUCAGCCUUUCCCUUUCUAGACAGUGCACUUGGUCAAGGGGGGGCCCCUCAACCGGUCGCCCAGCCCACCAUUUAA